AAAGAACUUAACUCCCUAUCUAGAGACAAGUGUCCGCAAGUUUUCCACACACUAUCUUUAUUAUUUAGCAUCCAAAACCACAAUAAAAAGCCAUACAAAAUUCAGGAGCAAUAGCCAGGAUGGUCGAACUAUACGCAGACAUCACAGUACUGCCCACGGACAUUGGCACAAGGGACGCAAUUAUCAUCGCCAUGGCCGGAAUCCUAGCCAACUUCUUCUGGCACAUAGUAAAGCUCAGCUGGAGAGCGUGCUUCGGGAAUUCAGGGGGAGAAUCCUAUGUGACGGAGCCAAAGCUUAAGCAUGACGAACAGAGAGACAUAUCUAUAAAACUGCGCAAGGAACUAGACGAGGCUCUCAAGAAACGGGAUGUAGCUCAUGAGGAACGGGACGAGGCACUCAAGGACCGAGACAAGUAUUGGGACGAACGCGAUGACUAUUGGAGGCAACGAAAUGAAGCUCUGGGGGAACGAGAUGCCGUUCGCAAGCAACGAGAUACUGCUCGCCUGCUGCGAGAUAGAGCAUAUGAGGAACUCGACAAGCUCUAUAAGGCGAAACUUUAUAGUGACGAGAAUGACAAGUUGAGCCUGCUGGUUUUGGAAAGACAGCAAUAUCACUAGGGGUUUAAGUUUUCGAGGGGAUUACGGAGUUUAUGGCGGAUGAAGGUGGGAUCAGCACAGGCGAACAUUGCGUUUAGAUACAUUUACCUACGCUCACCAGUGCUCAUCUUUAUCUUUUUCUUUUGGCGCGCGUUGGGAGUUGGUUAGUCUGUCUGGAUGGCCUGGUCGGAGAAGAGGG